GCUAACGUUACGCUUUAAGGCUGUAUGUCGUAUCAAACGUUAGCUAGCUCACACAUAACAACUCCACUCAAAUGUCCUAACCAGAGGUGACGUAUUGCUCUUACGUCAUUGCACACGGUUCUGGGUGAUUAGGUUGAACAACACGUCACCCAGCAGCGUUGCCUGUUAGAGAUGUCAGGACGUGUGUGCACCAGCAUCCUGCAAAGAGCCUCAAGCUACACAUUGACACUCUCCAGCCCCACUGCCCCUUUCCAGUACACCCACUCUGUAGCAUCCCCGUGUUCUCAGCCUCGACCAGCCCACCAAUGUAACUACUCAUCCUGGGGUUCCUGCAGAUCGGACAGGUUGUGUCUCACUGGUGAGGAGACUGGGAAUUGGCCUCAUGGUAGGCGGCCCCUCUCCACUCGUCAGGACCUAGACUUCCAGCUCAGCAGGGUUCAAAUCAACAGCAUUCUGCGAUCUAAUGAGCAGAUUGUGAGUGUGCCAGAGUUUGAUGGCAGGGGACUCAGUGCUGUCAGAAAGUUUGAGAGCAACCAGCUGGCUGCUAACACACCCAAUGAAGACCGUCGCAGUGCAGCCACCUGCUUACAGUCUAAGGGCAUGCUCUUUGGAGUGUUUGACGGCCAUGGGGGCUGGGCGUGUGCCCAGGCUGUCAGUGAGCGUCUGCUGUACUACGCUGCAGUUGCAAUGAUGUCAAAGCAGAGCCUGGAGGAGCUGGAGAACGGCAUGGAGCAUGGCAGAGCUGUUCCUCCCAUCUUGCAGUGGUACAAACACCAUGCAGACUUCAACUAUCGUGAAUCUGCUUCCCUCUACAUUGACCACCUCAGAGUCUUCUGGCAAGAAUUACUGGACAGUGAGGAGCAUGGUGAAGGCAUGAGUCCUCUGGAUGCCCUGGAGUGUUCUUUUAAACGACUCGACGCUGACAUCUCGUUGGAGGCUCAAGUCCCUCUUUGCAAUGACCUGAUGAAAAGCACAGCCAUCCAGGUUGCGUUUGCAGGAUCCACUGCCUGUGUGGCUCACGUCGGGACAGACAGGAUCCACGUGGCGAAUGCCGGAGACUGCCGAGCAGUAUUGGGGGUCCUGGAGGAGGAUGGAUCUUGGAGCGCUUUGCCCCUUUCCCAGGACCACAACACACAGAACCAGGCUGAGGUGGAGCAGAUCAAGAGCAAGCAUCCGCCCUCAGAGAGAGAUACAGUGGUCACAGAUGACAGACUGCUUGGGAUUUUGAUGCCACUGCGUGCGUUUGGUGACGUAAGAUUCAAGUGGAGCCUUGAGUUGCAGCAGAGCAUUUUAGCCAGCCUGGAAUCUGGAGUGGACCUGGACUCUCUCAACCUGUACCAGUACACUCCACCUAACUACCUAACUCCACCCUAUCUGGAUGUGGCACCGGAGAUAACCCAUCACAAGCUGAGACCUCAGGACCGUUUCCUGAUCCUCGGCACUGACGGGCUGUGGGAUGAACUAGGGAACGAGGAGGCUGUGCGACUCGUUGGAGAGCACCUGAGUGGGAUUCACCUUCAGGCUCCUGUUUCUCCAUCUGAGAGGCAAAUGAAAUUGGGUCAGAUGCAUGAGCUCUUGCUAAAACGCCAGGCCCGUGCCUCCCCCGCUUUAGACACCAACGCAGCUACACACCUCAUCAGACAUGCUCUCGGCACUGGGGAGUACGGAGAACUGAGCCAGGAGAGACUGGCCACUAUGCUCGCCUUGCCAGAGGACCUAGCUAGAAUGUACAGGGAUGAUAUCACAGCUACUGUGGUGUAUCUGAACUCUGACCUGGCCAGACCUCAACACAGCUAGCAAAAUGUUUUUUUUACAAUGCUGGACAAAGAUUUAAAAAAUGUGUAGUCAACAAUUUCUCCAGGCUCAUAUCUUCUUUAUAUUUUUUGGACAAAAAAGGAUGAUCAUUACAACCUGUUACAUACAUUGGUUUAUAAAUAUUUUUUAUUGAAAGGGCAGUUUUCAGUGUUGUGUUAUUAUGUACAAGCACACAAUACAAGUAAAGAUUCACUAGUCUAUAGACUAAAGGUUACAUUCCGAAUUGUAGCAUUUAUCAAGUUAAGAUACCGAUUUUAUGGCAAAAAUAAUUUGAUCCUUCAGUGUAUUUAUGAUGGACAUUUUAUAUACAUCACCUGAGUUCGAUGUUAAAAAAAAAUGGAAAAGUUUGCAGUUACAAUUCUACAGAAUAAAGCACUCACUCACUUUGUUCCCUUUUUGAAUGUUUGUUUACUUUUUCUUGCACUUUGCUUUAGACAAUCUUAUCUGUGAAGGUUUUUUUUUUUUUUUUUACUUGGGAUUAACCUAUAUGUGAACUGUUUGUUUUGUUAUUUAUUUUGUGUUCUGUGUCUUUUUAUUUAUUUUAUUGUUUUAUAUUAUUUGGUCAAU